AUGGUUGAAUUUUUGAAGUUAGAAUAUUAUAAAAGGUGGAGCGAAAAGGUGGCCAUUGCAAUCAUUAUUCUGGAACUUAGAGUAUAUGCACGUAAUAAUUCUACUGAAAAUAGUUUGAAUACUGUAGGGAAUAUAUCUGAUGUAAUGGUUGCCAAUGCUACAUGUACAUACCAACCUUCGUAUGUGAGAUUAAAUAAUAUUAAAGAUGAAAACCUUGCUUUCAUCUUCUUCCAAAUUUUUCAAGUGUGGUUUUGCUUUAGUGCGAUGUAUAACCAAAAUUCAAUGCAAGUAAUAGCAAUUGUUGUUCUCAAUUUCCUUUUUGCACUUAAUGGGAUUAUUCAAUGGGUAGAAGUCAAGAAAUGGUUUAUAGAUUUCGAAGAAGACUGUCCGGGAAGGUUACCUUUACAUACACAAUUUGUGAAAUAUGAUAUGCCUUUGAUAAUUGCGUUAUUUGCAUUUUCAAUUGCCAUGGCAUUUUUAUGCUGGAAGUUAUAUCGGCAAUAUGGUUGGAAUAUUUAUAAAAGAAUUGGAGCCGAUGUAAACAUGCAAACUAAUUAUAGAACAUAUUUAAUUUAUAUCUUGUUACUAAAACUUGAUGCAAUGUUCAUUCUUGGUCUUUCCGUUGAGGCAUUAAAUGUAUAUGUAUAUACAAUGGGUAAACUAAGUGAUCUAAAACAUCUAAGAUAUAUGCCUGAACAGUUUUAUAUAUUUCAUCUCAUUGUCACUGUUUGUAUCGGUAUAAAUCAAAUAUUAGCAUAUUAUUCGACGACAUUAGUGUGGUCAAUAUUUGUAUUCGGCAAUUUCAAUAGUGGACUAAAAGAAAUCCUUAUUAAAUCACCCGACCAAGCAGACGAAGGUUUAUUAAAUAAUCGUCAUAGCAAACGAUUUUCUAUUGAUGACGAUUGA